AUGCCAGAAGAUUAUGCUGAAGGGGAAGUACCGCAACCAAGAAAGAAAUCGAACGAAGAAGUAGCCGUGGAACUUGAACAACGUUAUCCAGAAACGGCUCCAGCCUAUCCAAAAGAAGUACCUGUCGGCUAUCCGUCCCUACCACCUGGAUCAGCUGCCGAUAAAGAAGAGAAGAAACCCAAAGAAGUCCGCAAAAUCAAAAGCAGUGCACCUUCUUCAAGAAGGCUCGUCCAGAUCAACUGUGAUGAAGCUGGAAGGACUGUGAAAUCGAUUGAAGAUGAACCGUACUACCACGGCUUUAUGACAAGACAGGAUACUGAGAAAAUUCUUAAGAAAGAUGGAGAAUUUCUGGUGAGGAAGACGGAUGUCGGUGGUCGUCAUCACAUUGUAAUAAGUCUGAUGGAAUCAGGAGAAUUGAAACAUUUUCUGAUCAAGCGUACUUCGAAGAAGCGUCUAUACUGGGUGUACGAUUACGCUUUCAAAACAGUAAGCGACCUUGUGCAAUACCAUCUGAGAAACAGAGCACCAUUGACUGCCACCGGGACCUUUCUGGAAAAACCAUGCCAGAAGAAAGAAUGGCAACUAAAUCCUGAACAGAUAGAACCACAAGUAAAAAUAGGCGAAGGAGCUUUUGGCGAAGUGUACAAAGGAUUAUUGCAAGAUGGAAUAUGGGGUGCUCGAAUUCCUGUGGCAAUAAAAACACUUCACUCUACAAACAUGACAGCCGACGAUCGUAUACAAUUUUUACAGGAAGCAAGCAUUAUGAGAGAAUUCAAACACGUUGGUUUUUCGUCCAUCGUUCAAAUUCAUGGCUUAUCCGAGGGAAAAUAUUUCCGCUGCCCCAUAGAAUAUGAAAACGUAGUUCGUCUACAUGGUGUUUGCACAUCAAAAGAACCGAUUAUGAUCGUGAUGGAACUGGCUGCUGGAGGAUCGUUACUGUCAAGAUUAAAAAAUCUUCAAAAACCACCCAGUACAGAAGCUAAAGUGAACUUUGUAUACGGUGGUGCAAGGGGAAUGGCAUAUCUGCAAAGCAAAGAAAUCAUACAUCGUGAUAUAGCUGCUCGAAACUGCCUCCUAGGCGAAAAAGACGAAGUCAAAAUAUCUGAUUUCGGCCUGUCUUUUAUUGGAAAAACAUUGAGGGAAAAGAAAUUGAAGAAAGUUCCACUCAGAUGGCUGUCACCAGAGACGUUAAAAAGAGGAGUGUACAACACGAAAACUGAUGUCUAUAGUUUCUCGAUUAUGAUCUGGGAAAUAUUCUCAUUUGGGCAAAUACCUUUUUACAAAUAUGAAAACCAUGAAUUAAGAGUUUUAAUAAAGGAGAAAAAGGCAACUUUGCCAACAUGUCUCUCUGAGAUACCGGACGAUAUGAAUGAAUUACGGCUGAGAUGUAUGCAUCCAGAUCCAGAUGUAAGGCCAGAUUUUCAUGAACUGGAAUCUAUAAUAGCUCAGAUGCCUGGAGUAAGAAAACCACAGCCACCCUCAUUUCUCAGUCGAAUAUCCACGGCUAUCAGUGAUUACAUCUAUGGCAGAGUUUAUACGUGA